GCGUUACGUUAUUAUCGUCCGUCUGACAUACGCAGAUGUCACAUUAACGUUUGGUUAAGACGUUGAUUUAAAGUUGAAAUUAUGGAGGUUUUAUUUACCACUAAGUUGGAAGAAUAUUAUCAGAAGUUUGUGGAUUUACAAGAGAAGUUAAAAAAAAGCGAGGAGCAGCGGUUUUUGUUGGAAAUGAAGUUUAACGAUCUGGUUCAGGUUGCAAAAGAGGAGGAGCAGGCGCAUUACAAGAAACUUCGCGCUCAAUACAAACGCUUUCUAGAAGAGGACAAAAAACGCCAAGAACGUAACGAAAGAAUCAUAAGAAACCUCGAGAGGAUCGAAACCAGAAUAUCCAUGCUUUCGGCUAAAACGGAGCGGAUCAACAUGCUUAGGCGACAGUACCAACAAUUCCUAUCAAGGAUUGCCCAACCCACCAAUGUAACAAGGGAAAGAUCUUUUGUAAAAGAGGAACCACAAAAAACUCUAUUCAGGGAAGAAUAUAAAGAGCCUGAUGCUUCAAAGAAGCAUUGUGAAGAAAAAAUGGAAAUUCUGGAUCGUUAUUUGCAAACGGUAUCGUCACAGAAGUGUCGCGAUACCAUCGAGCAGGAAAGUGGGAAAAGAGUAUUGGCAAAUCAAGUUUCUACAACCAAUGAUGCCACAGCAAUAGCUGAAGACAUUAUGGACUCCAUUUAUUCAAGGUAUUACCGUAAAGAAGCUGAUUUGGGUAAGAAACUUAAGGAGAUGGAGAAGGAGAGGGUUGAUUUAAACAGUUCCAAGGAGUCUAGUGAGGCAGAACUUCUAAAACCUAAAGAGUUACUUAGUAAGGAGGCAACAGAAGAGAGUGCGCCAGCAGCUGAGAGUGAAAAGGAGACAAAUGUUGAUGUUGAACCUCAGAAGUCAGAGGAGCCAUUAUUGUCUAUUGAGACAAUGGAGGAUAAUAAGCAGAAAAUUGUUGAAGAAGAAGAGGCUAAAGAAACUGCUUCUGUUCUUCAAGAGCAGGUAAACCAACCAGAGGAAUUAUCUAUUAAAGAAGUGGUGGCCCAAGAAAACCAGCGAGAAGAAGAACCACCAGUGGCGCACCAAGCUACUCAGGAAGAACCAGUGGCGCAACAAACUGCUCAAGAAGAAGCGAUGGCGCCACAACAAACCCAACAACAAAGUCCUCAGUAUCACUCAGAACAACCACAGUACCAACAAGUGCACCAACAGUCAUACCUAGAGCAAAACGCUUGGGUGGACCAAUACGGUAACCCCCAAUACGCUCAGCCAACAGCUUACCCAUCAAGCCAGUACCAGCAGUACCAAAACAUCCAGCCGGUCCAAUACGUUCCACAAAACAACCGAAUCAGACAAAACUUCCGAAAGUUCGUAAGAUACGUGGUGCAGAACCAGCGACAGACCGCUGUGGUGCUCAGUCAAAUGCCCCAAGGAAGUCAGGAAACAUAUCAACAAGUUCCUCCGGACAUGGAACGCCAGGGGAGCCAAGAAAUCUUUCAAGGUUCACCAGAGGUGACGUAUGUACAAGAAGUUCCUUACGAUCAAACUCCGGAGCCUUUGUACCCUGAAGAGAGUCCUCAGCAGUAUGUUGAAGAUCCUCAUCAAACGUACGAUCCCAAUCAGAGCGAGCUGCCUGGUUACGAUGAGUACGGCCAAAUGAUCUUUUACGAUCAGCAUGGGCAAGUGGUGGAGCCCCAGUACGACGAGAAUGGUCAUAUUGUUCCUCAGUAUGACCAAAACGGGCAGAUGGUUAUGAUUUAUGACCAUAAUGGUCAAGCGUGUUUUAGUCAGGAGGAAACGUAUGCCACUGAUGGUCAAUAUGGUGGUAAUGGCCAGCAGAUAAUGUAUGAAUACGAGGGUCAAGCGGAGUAUUAUGGAGAAGUGGCUCAAGAAGAACCUAAAGAGGAAGCAGCUGUUGUUGAACCUGAAAAAGUAGGAAUUAGUGAGUUGUUGGAGGAAGAAAAAGUGGAAGAGGAAAAGGAAAAGGUGGAUAAAGUACUGGAAAUCUUGGACACGGAUACUGAGCAAAGCACUAAACAAAACAGCAGUAAAAUAUCCAACGAUACUGAUUUUGAUUUUAGUUAAUUGGUUUUGUGGCUAGUAGGGUAAUAAAUUAGAGUCUUUGCUGUUA